UGGGUCACUUGGGUGGUUGAUGAGAAUAUUGCCUCUGACUUGACUUUCUGGAUUGUCUGGAAGUUAUAAACCAUCAAAUUAAAUGUUGAAUUGAAGAGAUUUUAAUGCAAAUACGAUGAUGCAUUCUCAAGAUGACGGGGUGAUAGCGACCAACGACGAUGCAUCGAUUUGCAAAAGGUUUGCUGUUCAGCUGGGGUACUGGCAAGAUAAUUACAUCCAGCAUUUUGUGAAGAAUGCCGAAAGAAAGGCUCCAGAAAUAAACAGAGGUUAUUAUGCUCGGGUUAAAGGGAUUGAGACAAUUUUGUUGCAGUUUCUUGAACUGACGAAAAAUGUGUGUCAAGUUAUAAAUCUUGGGUCUGGUUUCGAUACUCGUUAUUGGCAGUUAAAGGAAGCUUGCCGAAGUCCAAAGACGUUUUAUGAAGUUGAUUUUGGUGCAGUUACAAGCAGAAAAUGUAUGGCUAUAAGGCGAAGGAAGCCUUUGCAAGCAUAUUUUAACGAGCAAGAUUUACAAUAUGGUACUGAUGGGAUCAGUGCAAGUGAUUAUCAUUUGAUUGCCAGUGACCUUAGGAAUGUCGGUGAACUGGACCAGAAACUCACAGCACGAGGACUGGAAAAAAGUCUUCCCACGAUCUUCAUCAUGGAGUGUGUCAUGGUGUACCUGCAUCCCCAAGAGGCCGAGUGCGUCAUAAAAUGGGCUGGGGAGAGCUUCAAAAAUGCCGUGUUUUUGAACUACGAGCAAGUUAACAUGGAUGAUACAUUUGGAAAAGUGAUGAUAAACAAUCUCAAGAGAAGACAAUGUGAUCUUCAAGGAGCACUUGCGUGUCCAACUGUAGAUUCUCAGGUUGAAAGGUUUAAGAGGUUAUCGUGGAGCGAUGCAAACGCUUUAGACAUGUCGACAGUAUAUCAAAGAUUGCCAUACGAAGACAGACAAAGGAUUGAGAGAUUGGAAAUGCUGGACGAGGUCGACUUGUUUUAUCAAUUGCUCAACCAUUACUGUAUUUCAUGGGCAUUUAAUGACGAGGGUCAGACAGGUUUCAAAAAUCUUGGCUUCCAUUGAUGCUUUCUUGGGCCAAACAGGUAAUAUUGGCGGCAUUGCUACACAAAUUUAUGAAAGUUAAAUACACAAAUUUAUGAAAGUUGUUCCAUGGGUGUGGAUAUAGCUGCUACAUACGAUGUUAUCCGAUCGAGAUUUCCUUGUGUCAGUUUAUGCGUGACCGUUCCUUGUUUUUAUGAAUCAUCGAAGUUCACGGAGACAUAGAAACACAUUUAUAGAGAUUGGCAAGAAAAUACUGGGGAAUGCGACCGAGUUUGCUGAAACACGCUGGUCAAAAUCGUCAAAUUAAACCUAGUAAGCAAGUUUGCCGAUGACAAUUUGCAGCAAGUUUGCCGAUGACAACUUGCAGCAAGUCCGUUGACACCUUGCAUCAGACUUGAUUUUAUCAAGCCGGAGCAAGCGACGCGAACGCAUCCUGAUAUCGGCUUGAUGAUCGCAAGUUGGAGCAAGCCUGCAACAGACUUGCUCCUACUUGCGCGUUUCUGCUAUGUAGAGCAAGCUCAGAAGAACCUGAAGCUUUGCGUUUCGCUAAUGAUCAUAAUUUUUAAAAAAGGCGCUGACAUUAUGAGCUUGCACGAGUGGACCAACGUGAAAGGCUAACGAGAAUGUGAAAGUUAACAUCGAAAUAUUUUUUCAUUAAGGCCAGUUCAUUUGGCGUAUCAAUGGAAUUUAACAAUUGCCACAAAUAUAUAUACGAACUAAUGACUUUAAAACAAUGAGAUACGGCCUUAAAUUCAUUCUUUUUUCGGGGAACCUCAUUCAAACACAACAAACUCUUGUAAGGUAGUGCAAUAUUUAAUACAGCACAGUUACAAAUAGUUAUGAUUUUUACGAUUAAUAUAAAUCGAUAAAUUUUACGAUUAAU